CUUGGCACGUCAGGUUGCGGGAUAGAGCCAAACCCUGGCUUUGGGGGCCCAGAGAGGGAUCCUCUUCCGCGGCAGACAGCGAGACCCCCCAGCCCUUCUCCCCUCCUUGCUUGGGCGCGGGGCUUUGAGGCGUGUGUAGGCCGGCUGAGUCCCUGUCAGGCCCGGGGAGGAGGGGCGGGCGGGGUGGCCGCUGCCUCCCCGGGACGGGCGGUACCACCCAGCAGGGAGGAGAGGGCCUGGAGACAGCAAAGUCGCUGCACCGCCCGGGGGGCGGGGUGCAGAGCAGACCGCCGGCUCCCGUGGGGCGGGGUGGAGUGGGCGGAGCGUGGUGAGGACGGAACCACCGGGGUGGGGUGGGGAGGUAACGGGACGGGCGCGACCAUGGCGCGGUGAGGGAGCGGGGGUGGGCAUCGGUCCCGGGGAGGCCUGGGGCCGCUGGCUUGUGUGCCGUCUCGGCCUCCCCCACUUUCGCCGCCGCCACCCCGGGCAUGUCGUCCAACUGCACCAGCACCACGGCGGUGGCGGUGGCGCCGCUGAGCGCCAGCAAGACCAAGACCAAGAAGAAGCAUUUCGUGUGCCAGAAAGUGAAGCUAUUCCGGGCCAGCGAGCCGAUCCUCAGCGUCCUGAUGUGGGGGGUGAACCACACGAUCAAUGAGUUGAGCAAUGUCCCUGUCCCUGUUAUGCUAAUGCCAGAUGACUUCAAAGCAUACAGCAAGAUCAAGGUGGACAAUCAUCUCUUCAAUAAGGAGAACCUGCCCAGCCGCUUUAAGUUUAAGGAGUACUGCCCCAUGGUGUUUCGGAAUCUUCGGGAAAGGUUUGGGAUUGACGAUCAGGAUUACCAGAACUCAGUGACGCGCAGCGCCCCCAUCAACAGCGACAGCCAGGGCCGGUGUGGCACACGCUUCCUCACCACCUACGACCGGCGCUUUGUCAUCAAGACUGUGUCGAGUGAGGAUGUGGCCGAGAUGCACAACAUCUUAAAGAAGUACCACCAGUUCAUCGUGGAGUGCCACGGCAACACCCUGUUGCCCCAGUUCCUGGGCAUGUACCGCCUGACCGUGGAUGGGGUGGAAACCUACAUGGUGGUCACCAGGAACGUGUUCAGCCAUCGGCUCACUGUGCACCGCAAGUACGACCUCAAGGGUUCCACUGUUGCCAGAGAAGCGAGCGACAAGGAGAAGGCCAAGGACUUGCCAACGUUCAAAGACAACGACUUCCUCAACGAAGGGCAGAAGUUGCACGUGGGAGAGGAGAGUAAAAAGAACUUUCUGGAAAAACUGAAACGGGAUGUAGAGUUCCUGGCCCAGCUGAAGAUCAUGGACUACAGCCUGCUGGUGGGCAUCCACGACGUGGACCGGGCCGAGCAGGAGGAGAUGGAGGUGGAGGAGCGGGCGGAGGACGAGGAGUGCGAGAACGACGGGGUGGGCGGCAGCCUGCUCUGCUCCUACGGCACCCCCCCCGACAGCCCCGGCAACCUGCUCAGCUUUCCUCGCUUCUUCGGGCCCGGGGAGUUCGACCCCUCUGUCGAUGUUUAUGCCAUGAAAAGCCAUGAAAGUUCCCCCAAGAAGGAGGUCUACUUCAUGGCCAUCAUCGACAUCCUCACGCCGUACGACACGAAGAAGAAAGCCGCACAUGCUGCCAAAACAGUGAAACAUGGGGCGGGGGCCGAGAUCUCGACUGUGAACCCUGAGCAGUACUCCAAACGCUUCAAUGAGUUCAUGUCCAACAUCCUGACGUAGUGACCUUCUACCUUCAGCCAGAGCCAGAUGAUGAGAUAUGGGGCCGGGGGUUGGAACGGGCGAGGGUGUGUCUGGGCUGGAUGGGAGGGGUAGGGGCCGAGUCGGGGCGGGGAGGGCUCCGGCCGUGAGACUGGACCUGGGACGCUGGGCGAGGCUCCAGGGGGAGGGGGACGUGCUGGGUGCGCUAGUGCUCACAGGGUGUGGCCUCACCUCCCGCUACCUUUGAUUUCCACCCCGCCCAUUUGACCCGGGUCUCCUUUUUGGUACCUUGUAGCCUUUUAAAAUACCUAGGGGCCAGAGGCGACUGCGGGCUUAUUUGGGUUUUUCUGAAAUUUCAUUGCUCCAGGUCUGUUAUUUAUAAUGAUGUAUGUCAUGCCCUCCCCACCCUCCCUACCCCGCCGCGCCCCUGUGUCAGAGGCACCCUGCAGACCCGGCCGAGGGUGCCCUCAGAGCCGAGUGCUCUGAUGCCCGAGGAGAGGAGGUCAGACACCUCAGCCCUGUUGUGUUGACUUUUUAAUUUCGUGAAGCGUUGUGCACAACUCCCUGCACCUUUCCUCUCGGGUCUCAGCGACCCCUUCCUCCAAACGCUGCCUCCUGCCGGACACUCCAGCUCAGCAUCAGUCAUCUCGGAGCAGAGUCACAGCUCAGAGGGGAGCGCGCUCACCCUCGUGGGACGGUGCGGGGUGGGGGCUGCUGCCGGGCCCUGGACAGUGGGUUCUCAGAGAACCUCGUGAUCAUCACUCAAACCCCUGCGCUCUCUUGGCCCCUGGAGUUCCGAUGUCGUCUCUUUAAGGCCUGCCUCCCACUUUGUCAAGAAGAACUAGAAAGGACUCUUGUCCUUGAAUGGCUUUGUUCCCUUGGAGAAACCCCAGAAGCUGAAGCUGAUGAGUAUCAAAUGAGGACUCGUGGCCCCCAUCCAUUUCCUUCCCUCUGACCUUCUCCCAGGUGGGCUUGGAGGUGGGCUUUCAGCUGGGGGCACACCUCCAGGCGCCUGGGGUGCUCCUUGCAGAUUCCUCUUCGGGCCACCAUGUAGGUAACCUGACGCCCUGUGCCUGUACCUGGACGUUAUGGCCAGCAGGCAGUGACGCCUCCUACCUUGGAGUACGGCACCCAAGCCUGAGGCUGUUUCUGGAUCAUUUGAGGAUGCGACUCAGGAAAUCCAAUUUGGAGGUUUGAGGUAGGAUCGGACCUGAGCCCAGCCUUGGGGCUGUGUUCCCUCGAUGCCCCUCCUAGACUUUGAGCACAUCUGCCACACACAGGCUUCGUCUGGAGUGGCUCCCUGCAGCUUCCUUCAGGAGCUCCAGCCACCUGCUGAGCCUGGCUGUCCCGGCCUCAGGAUGGGACUGAGGGUCAUUGUGCGGUGACAUCUGAGCAGUCUGCUCUGGCUGGAGAGAGGACGUCCUGGCGCGGGGGGAGGUACAUGACGGUAUCUCCUCAACCCCUCACCAGGGACUGGGGGUUUAGGAUGAUGUGAUAAAACCCCACAGAUGCAGAGAGUCUGUGGGGGCAUUUUAAAUGAACGGGUUGGUUUCCUGUGGCUCCCUCCGAGCCUGGCCAAGCUCAGCUUCUGGAGCAGGAACCAGCACAGCACCGUCCCCGUGCCUGACUCGUAGCGUUUUGGUCAGGAAGGGAAGGAGACAGUAUUUCUGGCCUCCUGGGGCUGCCGGGACCCUUCUGGAGGAGGCACGUGAAGGGGCCACAGGUAGCUCAGAACGUCAGCAGCGAGACCACGAGGUGACUCGGGGACGGACCUGAAACCGACUGGCUCAUGGAGAAAACAAAACUGACUUAGGAAGGGAUCAUGUAGGAAUAAUGUUUGGACUUGACUUCCCCACCUUGUAAUCAAGAACGAAAAUUUGGAUCUGCUCAUGGGCCCGGCAUCUCCGAAGGCUGGCAGGUGUCGCUGGCAGCGCGGCCGCCGCGGCGCCUGCGUUUGGCCUGCCGACCACGGUGCCCCCACGCGGAUGAGUAACCCGGGCGGCCCUGUCGGUCAAAGACGAGCUACCCGGCACCCAACUUCUAACUUCGUUCAUGUUGAGUUUUGUGUCUUUGUGGGUUUUUUUACACAUUGUUUACAUUCUGAGAGGUAGCACCCUGUUUCAGAUGCUCUUCCGUGUUUCUAACGGUGUUGUUGAUCCGGUCAGAAUAUUUGAGCUGAGGUUUGGUGAAUUUAGGGUUUUUUUUAAGGUCUUUGUGCUCUUUUCAAAGCCUUGGGUUUGGCCCUCUUAAUUCUUUUGGCAUUCAAAUGUUUAAAAGCUAUUUAUCUUGGUUUAUACAAGUUUUCUUUCUUUUUUUUUAUAAUGAUGAGAUAUUAUAUUUGGUUUGCAGUCUGAAUGUAGAGAAAGUGAACUGACCCCCAAGCUUUUGUCCGCCCCCGCUUUCCCCCCCGAAUCCCACCAUUCCCUUUCUGAGCAGUAGAAGGCAUCUGAAGGGAAGUCACUACCCUCAGCCUCACUCUUUGUGGCCGUGAAACUCAGCAGCCUCAUAGCACCCUAGCAUAACUCUGGGUCCCAAGAACAAAGGUGUAAGAACAGGACGUGGCUGCCUGGGUGAGGUCUGGAGGGGGUGAAGGGCAAGAUUCGCCUCCCAGCCCCUCUACUACUACCUAACCAGUCCCGGCUUCUCCCGUCCCGCCCUGUUCUGAGUCUACAGCUAAGAAUCUGGUUUCCCAGCCAAAGUGAAGGGUUGUCUGAAAACACUGAGACCACUAGAUGAAGGCCUCUGGCCCUGUUCCUGUUCGUGAACCACUGGUCUCACCCUCCCAGUCUGAGCUCCUUCCUUGAGCCCCACUGGGGGCUCAGGGCAGGGCUGGGAAGCCAGCAGCCCCAGGAGCACGGACUGAAGUGCUCCAUCUCCUUCUCUUGCUCAGGGGUUACUGGUCUGUGGCAGGUGCCACAAGUCGCCCCUGUGGCUCUUCUCAGUGGCACUCCCUCUGCUCCCACCACAGGCAGCUCUUCCUGCUCCACUCGUUUCUCCCGCCUGUGCUCUAGGUGGUACUCAGGGCCAGGACUACAGACCCCUGCCCCAGAGACCCCCCCUCGCAGCCUGCCAGGGCCUGCCCUGGGGAGGGGGACCAAAGACCCAGGACUUUUCUCAGUAGCCAGUCCCACCCCCCAACGGUCUCUUUACCAGUUCAAGUUGGGAGAGAAGAAACGUCACCUCUCCCGUGUCGGGGCUGCUCGUGUGCACGGGGCCCAAGUGUUCAGACGACGCUUGGAGCCCUGGCCUUAGGCCCGCGGAUCCGAGUCCAGGGACCUCACCUUUCUGGCCGAAAUGUGUGGAGGGGGAGUCCACUCAGCGCAGGAAUGAAAGGGAAAACUUUCGGAUAAGUGUCCCCAGAUGUACCGGCUGCCUGCAGGGGGCAGUGACAUGGCCCAGCCUCCCCCUGAGAUGUGCCCCUUAGGAGGACCGCCUCUGAAGGGCGCGGGGACCCUCUGGAGGCUGGAGGGGAGUCUUCCAGAGGAGCCCCUUCUCCGUGCUCAGAGCCAGUUCGUGAGGAGGUGGAAACUGACAACUCUGGGGACGGCCUGGUGCCACUCAGCACACCCAGCACCAGGUCAGACCACGCUAAUAAAAAAUGUGAAUUAAGUAUAGAUUCAGUUUUGGGGGGGGAGCAGGAAAAACGAUCACCCCACCAUAUGUGUGUGACUUCUCCAUCUCCCACUGCGAUUUCCAUUUUUUAAAUAGGAGUUUUCACCCUCCCUGUGCUUGUCUGAUGUCUCCUCGGAGCAGUGUGAGACCCUGUUACUGUUUUAAAAUGCAUGCGUGUUAAGAUGAAUCUCCAACCCGAGGAAAAUAAAACUCAAAAAACUUUGUG